AUGGAGAACACAGUCUCAGAAAAGAAGAUUGAGCCACAGGUCACGGUAGUUGAUAUAGAAGAAGGCGUUCCCAGAUCCCAAAAGUGCAAGACUCGGGUAAGCCGCUUUGGCUCAGUACUGCGGAAGUCGUUCCAACGUAGUGAUAAAUCCGAAGCAUCACCAUGGCCAAAGCUUGUCAGAAGAACAUUGUAUCUUCUGACAGUUACACUGUGUCUUGCUGUAAUCGGAUACGUUAUCUACCACGCUCUCCUCCUCGCCCUAGUCCGGCGCAUCAGUCCACCAGCACCUCCGACCAACGGGCUGACCGAGAUUGUCACUUCUUGGGUAGAGCCAGGAACCGUCACACCGGCGCCCCCAUCAUGGCUUCCACAAUUCAGCCGAGAUGUUCAACCCAAAGCCAUCCACUCCCAUAAUGACUACUGGCGCCGGGUUCCUCUUUUCGAUGCACUUGCUUUGGGCAUCACGGGCGUAGAAGCCGACUGCCAUCUCAUCAAUGGUGAGCUCUAUGUUGGACACAGGGUCGUCGACUUGCGCAAUAGUCGAACUUUUCGUUCUCUAUACCUCGAUCCGUUAACUUCCAUCUUGACGAAUCAGAACGCUGCCAAUGGUGUUGCUCCAGAUUCUACCAUCAAUGGCGUCUGGGACGUUAACAACACCCAAGGGAUCGUUCUUAUGACAGACCUAAAAACCGAAGGUUUCGCAACUUUGGCUGCUGUGCAAAAACAGCUCGAACCUUUGCGUCAGAAAGGGUGGCUCACGUACUGGAACGGGACGGCGAUUGUACCUGGCCCAAUCACACAUGUGGGGACAGGAAAUACGCCUUUUGCAGCAGUCCUGAACUCCAGCUACGGAAAUUCCUCUUACCGCUCUGUCUUUUUCGAUGCGCCGCUAGAUAAUUUGUCAUCAAAUCUGUACAACACCUCGAAUUCCUAUUAUUCCAGUGUUUCCAUAAACAAGGUGUUCUCUGGGAAGCGGAAAAUUGCCCGCGGUGGGCUUUCAAAGACUCAGGUGGCGACUGUUAAAUCUCAGAUCGAGAAAGCUAGUAGUCUAGGGCUGGUAUCUAGGUAUUGGGAUCUUCCUGCGUGGCCUGUGGAAAAGCGUAUGACUGUCUGGGAACAGCUUGAGAGCUUAGGCGUUGGAAUGUUGAACGUGGAUGCAAUCGAAGAGGCUACGAGAUGGAAUUGGAAAUGGUGCCACGUUUUGGGAUUGACUUUGUGCUAG